AUGGCUUCCUUCAAGAUCCAGCCUCCCGCCACUGCUCGCCUGAGCGAUGCCCAGAACGACGGCCUCGUCUGCCUCGAGCUCGAGGACGGCUCCGCCUACCAGGGCUACAGCUUCGGUGCUAAGAAGAGCAUCGCCGGUGAACUGGUUUUCCAGACCGGCAUGGUUGGCUACCCUGAAUCUGUCACCGAUCCCUCCUACCGAGGUCAGAUUCUGGUUGUCACAUUCCCUCUCGUCGGAAACUACGGCGUUCCCUCCCGCGAGGCCAUGGACGACCUCCUUACUGAGCUCCCUGCUCACUUUGAAUCUUCCCAGAUUCAUGUUGCUGGUCUUGUCGUUGCUUCUUACUGCGGCGAAGACUACAGCCACUUCCUCGCUUCCUCCUCCCUCGGCACUUGGCUUAAGGAGCAGGGCGUCCCCGCCAUGUACGGUGUCGACACCCGCGCUCUGACCAAGAAGAUCCGUGAGACUGGUAGCAUGCUCGGCAAGAUGCGCCUUGAGAGCAAGGCUCUUGCUAACGGCUCUGCCGACGAGAUCCUCGGCCACUCUUCCAUUGACGCCUACGAGACCAUUGACUGGGUUAACCCCAACGAGAAGAACCUUGUCGCACAGGUUUCCAUCAAGACCCCCAAGCUCUACAAGCCGCCUGCUUCCGUCGUCGCUCGCAAGCACCCCAACGGCCGCACCCUGCGCGUUCUCUGCGUCGAUGUCGGUAUGAAGUACAACCAGCUCCGCUGCUUUCUUAGACGCGGUGUCGAAGUUCUCGUCGUCCCUUGGGAUCACGAUCUUGUUUCCGCCGCCGGCGACGAGUACGAUGGUCUCUUCGUCUCCAACGGUCCCGGUGACCCCUCGGUUCUCGAUAUUACUGCUACCAACAUUUCUGCCGUCAUGGCCAAGAACAAGACCCCCGUCUUCGGUAUCUGCUUGGGCCACCAACUGCUCGCUCGUGCUUCUGGCGCCAAGACUCUCAAGAUGAAGUUUGGUAACCGCGGUCACAACAUUCCCUGCACCAGCAUGGUCUCUGGAAAGUGCCACAUCACUUCUCAGAACCACGGUUACGCUGUCGAUUCCGCCACCCUCCCUACUGGUUGGAAGGAGCUCUUCGUCAACGCCAACGAUGGCAGUAACGAGGGUAUUAUGCACACUGAGAAACCCUACUUCAGUGUUCAGUUCCACCCCGAGAGCACUCCCGGUCCCCGCGACACUGAGUACCUCUUUGAUGUCUUUAUCAACACCAUGGCCAGCUGUGCCGAGAACCCUGCUCUUCUUCAGGCCUCUGUCAGCUUCCCUGGUGGCACUAUUGAGGAGAACGAGAGACUCAGCCCUCGUGUCUCUGUCAAGAAGAUUCUUGUCCUCGGCAGUGGUGGUCUGAGCAUUGGUCAGGCUGGUGAGUUUGAUUACUCUGGUAGUCAAGCCAUCAAGGCUCUCAAGGAAGAGGGCAUUUACACUGUCCUUAUCAACCCCAACAUUGCCACUAUUCAGACUUCCAAGGGUCUCGCUGACAAGGUCUACUUCUUGCCUGUCAACGCCGACUUUGUUCGCAAGGUCAUCAAGUACGAGCGCCCUGAUGCCAUCUACGUCACCUUUGGUGGCCAGACUGCCCUGCAGGUCGGUAUUCAGCUUAAGGACGAGUUUGAGGCUCUCGGUGUCAAGGUUCUUGGUACCCCCAUUGAGACCAUUAUCACCACCGAGGAUCGUGAACUCUUUGCUCGCAGCAUGGAGUCCAUUGGUGAGAAGUGCGCCCAGUCUGCCUCCGCUAACAACGUCGAGGAGGCUAUGGCUGCCGUCAAGGACAUUGGCUACCCCGUUAUUGUUCGUGCUGCUUAUGCUCUUGGUGGUCUCGGCAGUGGUUUCGCCAACAACGAUGAGGAGCUUCUUGAGCUCUGCAACAAGGCUUUUGCCGCCAGUCCCCAGGUCCUUAUCGAGCGCUCCAUGAAGGGCUGGAAAGAAAUCGAGUACGAAGUCGUCCGUGAUGCUCAGGACAACUGUAUCACUGUCUGUAACAUGGAGAACUUUGAUCCUCUCGGUAUCCACACCGGUGACUCUAUCGUUGUUGCCCCCUCUCAGACUCUGUCCGAUGAAGACUACAACAUGCUCCGUACCACCGCUGUCAACGUCAUUCGCCACCUUGGCGUUGUUGGUGAAUGCAACAUUCAGUACGCCCUGAACCCCUACUCCAAGGAGUACUGCAUUAUUGAAGUCAAUGCCCGUCUCUCGCGUUCUUCUGCUCUCGCUUCCAAGGCCACUGGUUACCCUCUUGCUUUCAUUGCUGCUAAGCUCGGUCUUAACAUUCCCCUUAAGGAUAUUAAGAACUCGGUCACGCAAGUUACUUGCGCCUGCUUCGAGCCCUCCCUCGACUACUGCGUCGUCAAGAUGCCCCGAUGGGAUCUCAAGAAGUUCACCCGUGUCUCUACUCAACUUGGUUCUGCCAUGAAGAGUGUUGGUGAAGUCAUGAGCAUUGGUCGCAACUUUGAGGAAGCUAUUCAGAAGGCCAUCCGUGCCAUUGACUUCCACAACCUUGGCUUCAACGAGACUCCUGCUCUCAUGGCGAUUGACGAUGAGCUCCAGACUCCCUCUGACCAGCGUCUGUUCGCCAUUGCCAACGCUAUGUACGAGGGCUACACCGUCGACAAGAUCCACGACCUCACCAAGAUUGACAAGUGGUUCUUGACCAAGCUCAAGGGUCUCAGUGACCUCUCCAAGAACAUUUCGAAGUUGACUACUGCUGAAUUCGCCACCAAGCCUAGCCUGUUGCUGCAGGCUAAGCGCGUUGGUUUCAGUGAUCGUCAGCUUGCCAAAUUCUUGAGCUCCAACGAAAUGGCCAUCCGCAGCAUCCGCCUGGAUGCUGGCAUCCACCCUUGGGUCAAGCAGAUUGAUACUGUCGCUGCUGAAUUCCCUGCCCAGACCAACUACCUCUACACGACAUACAAUGCCACCGAGCAUGACGUUGACUUUAACGACCACGGUGUCAUGGUUCUUGGAUCCGGUGUAUACCGCAUUGGUUCAUCCGUCGAAUUCGAUUGGUGCUCUGUUCGCGCCGUCCAGACUCUCCGCAAGUCUGGCUUCAAGACUAUCAUGGUUAACACCUAUUCGACAGACUACGACACGUGCGAUAAGCUAUUCUUUGAGCCUACGACGCUUGAAGUCAUUCUUGACAUCUAUGGACUCGAGCAAGCUUCGGGUAUCUUGGCUGCCAUGGGUGGUCAGCUGCCCAACAACAUUGCUCUGCCCCUUCACCGUGCUGGUGUCAAGGUCCUCGGUACCUCCCCCGAAAUGAUUGACGGCGCUGAGAACAGAUACAAGUUCUCGCGCAUGUUGGAUCGCAUCGGUGUCGACCAGCCCACCUGGAAGGAGCUUACCAGCUUCGACGAAGCCAAGGACUUCUGCAACAGAGUCACUUACCCUGUGCUUGUCCGUCCUUCCUACGUCCUCUCUGGUGCUGCCAUGAACACUGUGUACUCUGAGAAGGAUUUGGAAUCCUACCUGGCCCAGGCUGCCGAGGUGUCCCGCGAGCACCCUGUCGUCAUCACAAAGUACAUUGAGAACGCCAAGGAGAUUGAGAUGGAUGCUGUUGCUCAGAACGGCAAGGUUAUUGGCCACGUCAUUUCCGAGCACGUUGAAAACGCCGGUGUCCACUCUGGUGACGCUACUCUCAUCCUACCUCCUCAGGACCUUGAGCGCACCACCAUUGAGCGCAUCGAGGAUGCUACUCGCAAGAUUGGUGCUGCUCUCAACGUCACUGGUCCCUUCAACAUCCAGUUCAUUGCCAAGGACAACGAUAUCAAGGUCAUUGAGUGCAACGUUCGUGCUUCUCGUUCGUUCCCCUUCGUCUCCAAGACCAUGGGCGUCGAUCUUAUUGAGAUGGCUACUAAGGCUAUUAUGGGACUCCCUCUUGAGGAAUUCCCCGAUUCGAUCCCUGCCCCCAACAACAUGGUUGCUGUCAAGGUUCCCCAGUUCAGUUUCUCGCGUCUCUCUGGUGCUGACCCUGUCCUUGGUGUUGAGAUGGCUUCCACUGGUGAGGUUGCUUGUUUCGGUGUGGACAAGAACGAGGCCUACCUCAAGGCUUUGCUAUCCACUGGCUUUAAGAUCCCCAAGCGCAACAUUCUCUUGUCCAUUGGUUCCUACAAGGAUAAGAAGGAGAUGCUCCCCUCUGUCCAGAAGCUCCAGCGUCUUGGCUACAAGCUCUUCGCUACUGCCGGUACUGCCGAUUUCUUGCAGGAGCACGAUGUUCCUGUCCAGUACCUCGAAGUCCUUGGCAGCGAUGAGGACAGAAGCUCCGAGUUCUCCCUCAGCCAGCACCUUGCCAACAACAUGAUUGACUUGUACAUCAACUUGCCCUCCAACAACAAGUACCGCCGUCCUGCCAACUACAUGUCCAAGGGUUACCAGACUCGUCGUAUGGCUGUUGACUACCAGAUCCCUCUGGUUACCAACGUCAAGAACGCCAAGAUCUUGGUUGAGGCUCUGUCUCGUCACUUUGAGCUUGCCGUGUCCACCCGCGAUUACCAGACCAGCCACCAGACAAUCACUCUCCCUGGUCUCAUCAACGUCGCCACCUUUGUUCCCGGCCUUGUCUCCGCCAAGAACGAAGACAUCCAGGCUGUUACCAAGGCCUCCAUCACUGCUGGCUUCAGUAUGGUUCGCCUCAUGCCCCUUGGUCUUGAGGGUUCCAUCACUGAUGCUCUGACCCUCAAGACUGCUCAGCAGAACAGCUUAGCUGGUGGCUACUGCGACUACAACUUCUCCAUUGCCGCUACCAGCGACAAUGCCGAGCAGAUUGCCACCGUUGCUGGCGAGGUUGGAUCGCUCUUCAUCCCCUUCAACCACUUGUCUGGCAACAUUAGCAAGGUUGCUGCCGUCACUGCCCACUUUGACGCCUGGCCUUCCUACAAGCCCAUCGUCACUGACGCUCAGGGUACUGAUUUGGCUUCCAUCUUGCUCUUGGCCAGUCUGCACAACCGCAAGAUCCACGUCACCUCUGUCACCAAGAAGGAUGACAUUCGCCUGAUUGCUCUCAGCAAGCAAAAGGGUCUCCAGGUCACCUGCGACGUUUGCGUAUACUCCCUGUACCUCUCCACCAAGGACUUUGCCGAUUUCGAUCGUCUCCCUAGCCCCGACGACCAGGCUGCUCUCUGGGAUAACCUCGAGACAAUCGACAUCUUCUCUGUUGGCAGCUUGCCUUACCAGCUUGCCACUUCUCUGGGACACAAGGUCGAUGCCUCUGCUGGUAUUGCCGAUGCUCUUCCUCUCCUCCUGACCUCUGUCAGCGAAGGCAAAUUGACCAUUGACGACAUCAAGGCCCGCAUGUUCUACAAGCCCAUUGAAGUCUUUGAACUCCACGAGCAGAGCAGCACCAGCCUCGAGGUUGAAAUCGACCGCGCCUACGAGGUUAAGCGUGGCGCCUUCUGGUCUCCUCUGGAAGGUCGCGUCAUGCGCGGAUCUGUCCGCCGUGUUGUCUUCCAGGGCACCACUCUCUGCCUGGACGGCGAAGUCCUCCCUGUCCACCCUCUGGGCAAGGACAUGUCCGCUCACCUGGCCCCUCCCAAGUCUCCCUCGGUUAGACCCACGACUGCCAUUAGCCAGAUCACUGAGAGUCCCAAGGCUCGCCAGCAGGCUUCCUUUGGCACUGCCAAGCCCACUAACCGUCUUCGUGGCUUCGAUGCUGCCAAGUCCCCCAUCGCUGCCGCCUCUUCUGGUCGCCCUGGCCCCAUUGAGGAGCUCGGUCUUGGUCUGCAACUCCAGCCCAGUGCUACCUCUUCUCUCCAGCAGCUCAUCGCCAGACCUUCUGCUUUCAAGAACGCCCACGUUCUGUCCGUCAAGCAGUACUCUCGUGCUGACCUCCACUUGCUCUUCACCAUUGCCCAGGAGAUGCGCCUUGGUGUUCAGCGCGAAGGCGUUUUGGACUUGCUCCGUGGCCGUGUCCUGUGCACCUUGUUCUACGAACCCUCGACCAGAACCUCUGCCAGCUUUGACGCCGCUAUGCAGCGCCUCGGUGGACGCACCAUUGCCAUUGCCACCGACUCAUCUUCCGUCAAGAAGGGCGAGACUCUGCAGGACACCCUUCGAACUCUUGCCUGCUACGGUGACGCCGUUGUUAUGCGCCACCCCUCGGAGGAGUCUGUAGAUGUUGCUGAGAAGUUCUGCCCUGUCCCCGUCAUCAACGGUGGCAACGGAAGCAAGGAGCACCCUACCCAGGCCUUCCUUGACCUCUUCACCAUCCGUGAAGAGCUUGGUACCGUCCAGGGCCUGACCAUCACCUUCCUUGGUGAUCUUCUCUACGGUAGAACCGUACACUCCCUGGUUGCUCUGCUUCAGCACUACCAGGUCCAGGUGCAGCUUGUUGCCCCCAAGGGCUUGAGCUUGCCUGCCAACGUCCGCGACCAGCUGGUUGCCUCUGGCCAGCUGCUCUGCGAGUCUGAGACUCUCACUCCUGAGAUCCUGGCCCGCAGCGACGUUUUGUACUGCACUCGCGUGCAGCGUGAGCGCUUCCAGAGCGAGGAGCAAUACCUCGCUGUCAAGAACUCCUACAGAGUUGACAACGCGACCCUCAAGAAUGCCAAGGCCUCGACGGUUGUCAUGCACCCUCUUCCCCGAAACGAGGAGGUUGCUGAAGAGGUGGACUUUGACCAGCGCGCGGCGUACUUUAGACAGAUGCGAUAUGGACUUUACUGCCGAAUGGCUCUGCUUGCUCUCGUCAUGUCUAGAUCGUAA